AUGAAGACCAUCUCUUUCAUUGCUCUCUUUGCCUCCCUCUUUGUUGUUGCUAGCGCACAAGUCGCGCCAUCAGGAGGACUGCGUGGCACCUCAGGUGCUUCUUCCGCCCUGGAGGAGCCCCAAAUCACUUCCUCCAUUCAAGCUACAAGCAUUGCUGCUACUCCACGACAAGUACAAGAACAAGAUCGAUCCAUCCUCGUCACUAUCCAAUUUGACAGCAAGUUCCAAGUGGAUUCACACAGAUUUGAAUUCACGGAACAUCAAGUGAAUGGUUGGAGGAAGAUGCAAAUGUGGGGAUCAGUUCCCCGAUCUGGAUUUGUGGCUCGCACCAGGGAUGACCUGAAGGAAGGGUAUCGCUAUGAUUUCGCCAUGACUCCAGAGGUUCCAGAAUCUACCAGGAAUGAAGAAGGCACUGUCAAGGUGGAAAUCUUGGAUAUCAGUCAUGUCCAGGGGAAUGUGCAAGCCAUUGAUACAUUGAUUGAACAAGGAGUGCUUGUGUACUCAUUUGAAGAAGACCUGGCUCACUUGCUACAAACGGAAAAUGACAUUUUCUUCAGCUUUUCCUUGUAA